GUAAUCGUUGCUCCGUAAUAAGGAAGAUGCUUUACAACCGUCUGUUUUUAUAGCAACGGUGUGAUAAUCUUAUCGUAGUGACAAUAUUUUACCAACUCGAACCACUUUACAGCACCAUAAACAGAAAAGGGCCGUCGUUGUUGGGUCUGAUGAUAUCGAUCCGUGUGGUGGUCAGAAGCAGAACAAAAAACGCGUGACACCGUUUGUCCUUGUCCUUGACUCGGCUCGGAGAAGAGGGAUCAAGUUUUGUCUGCUCUCUGGUGCUGGUGGUAGCCACCGAAAUUCUUAAAACAGGUCUGGCCUGUGCCACACGAAACUGCUCUGUAGAACACAUCAAUCAUUGGCAUGAUUAGACAGAUUGAAUAAUGUUCUAGAUCCACAGACACACAGGCCACUUUCUGUGUGUGGUGAUUGUCCGUCCAGAAUUUUGCAACGUUGUUGGGUUAGGUUAAGAAUGGAAAGGCGAUGUCUCAUCCAGUUUUGGAAGGGGCCCGUUUUUAAAUGAAUGAAGUUUUUUGAGCAUAGAAAAGCACAAGCUAAUUGCGAACAAACAUAAAAAAGAAGGAGGGAGUGGUAUGCUCGGUGUCUAUAAAACCAACCCCGCACGGGCUAUCAUCACGUCAGUGAUCGUUAGAUGAUCGUGAGCACACAGACCCCAGACCGUCGCUGCAUAUCGUUCGUUUGUCUGCGCGCUGUCGGUUGCAUUCGGGUUUUUUUUGAGCACUCAGAAGCAAGAAGUUGAGCACGCUCCGGAACAAUAGCGUGUUGUGCCACGAGUGAGUUCCCACGGGUUUCACAUUCAAGAACGCUGGCGUGUUGUAACCUCUCCGGGCGGAAACGUCGAGAAGUUCAAACGACGACAGAACGGAACCAUCAUCGACCGAGUGGCAGCUGGUAGUGGUGAUGCUGGGGCUACAGAAUUCGUGCAUCGUGCUCAACGCCAAGGCAGUCAACAGUGAUGGCGGUGGUGGCGUGGCCGAUGGGGGAAAAGUGCAUUUUAAAAUGCUCAAUCCAUGUGCCGACAUUGGGCAGCAGCAGGUGCGCGGACACCAGCGCAUACCGUCGGACACGAAAGAGUUCCACGAAGCGACGAAGCGCGAUGCCCUGAUGCGCCUCAAGAAGGACCUGGACCAUCUGCUGGAAACGGUCGAGGAGUCGCGCAAAACCGGCGUGCAGAAGGAGAUGUGCGGAUUCGAGGCCCUGUACCACCGGUUCCUGCAAGAAGAUGGUCCGUCGGUCGAGUGGGAUCGCAUCGAGAAGCUGCCGGAGGAGGCGGUGAAGGACUACUCCACGCUUAAAUUGCCCCAGGAGGCGCACAUUCGCGACAUGCUGGACAAGCUGGUCGUGGUGAAGCUGAACGGUGGUCUCGGCACGUCGAUGGGAUGCCACGGGCCGAAGAGUGUGAUUCCGGUGCGCAACGAUCUCACCUUUCUCGACAUGACCGUGCAGCAGAUCGAGUUUCUGAACAAAAAGUACAACGCCAACGUGCCGCUGGUGCUGAUGAACUCGUUCAACACCGACGUCGACACGGAGAAGGUGAUCCGCAAGUACAAGGGCUUCCAGGUGCAGAUCUACACAUUUAACCAAAGCUGCUAUCCCCGCAUCAGCCGGGACUCGCUGUUGCCGAUUGCGAAGGAUUUUGACAUCGAGAAUGAUAUUGAAGCAUGGUACCCACCCGGUCACGGUGAUUUCUACCAGUCGUUUCAGAACUCGGGGCUGCUGCGAAAGUUCCUCGAGGAGGGGCGCGAGUACUGCUUCCUGUCCAACAUCGACAAUCUGGGCGCAACGGUCGACAUCAAGAUACUGAACCGGCUCAUUGGCGACGACCGGCAGGGCGAUAAGCCGAUCGAGUUCGUGAUGGAGGUGACGGACAAGACGCGUGCCGACGUGAAGGGCGGUACGCUGAUCCACUACGAGAACAAGCUGCGCCUGCUGGAGAUUGCCCAGGUGCCGAAGGAGCACGUGGACGACUUCAAGUCGGUGAAGACGUUCAAGUUCUUCAACACCAACAACAUCUGGGCCCGGCUGGAGUCGAUCGAGCGGGUACUGAACGCCAAGACGAUGAACAUGGAGAUCAUCGUCAACAACAAAACGCUCGACAAUGGCAUUCGCGUGAUCCAGCUCGAGACGGCCGUCGGUGCGGCGAUGAAGUGUUUCGACGGUGGUAUCGGCAUCAAUGUGCCGCGAUCGCGCUUCUUGCCGGUGAAGAAAACGUCCGACCUGCUGCUGGUCAUGUCCAACCUGUACAGCCUGAAGUACGGCUCGCUGGUGAUGUCCCCACAGCGCAUGUUCCCCACCACCCCGCUGGUGAAGCUGGGCGACAAUCAUUUCAGCAAGGUGAAGGAAUUCCUCAGCCGCUUUGCCAAUAUUCCCGACCUGAUCGAGCUGGACCAUCUGACCGUGUCGGGCGACGUGACGUUCGGGCGGGGGGUCUCGUUGCGUGGCACGGUCAUCAUCAUCGCUAACCAUGGCGACCGUAUCGAUAUUCCGGCCGGUGCAAUCCUCGAGAACAAGAUCGUGUCCGGCAACAUGCGCAUUCUGGAUCAUUAAGGAAAGGGAGAGCGAGCGUGAGAGGAGAAGAGGAAAGUGCACAAGCAACAUGGAUAAAAGACAGGCCAGUUGGACGAUACUCAGGAGCGAUACAAGCGCAAAGUGUGUGAAACAUGCGAUAAACAUUAUCUUAAAUCGGUUGGGAAAGCGGUAGAUUGUAGUUCUGGAAGAAAGCAAUACACGUAACACGUUAUGCAAGAAAACAGUUUUCAAAAAGACGGAUACGAAGCUCUCAUGUUGGUUUGGUUGACUAAUGUAGCACAAGUUUUUGAGAGUUGAAAACAGAUGUGGAUGUGUGUGUUUUUGAGGGGUUUAAUUAUCGUUAUCAUGGAGGGAGAGCCUACCCGAGCGGGGGGAGUCUUUUCGUUUAAUGAUUGUUUGAAUAAAAAAAUUACCACACCA